GUAAAACCACCGGUGCGGGGUGUUGCUUUUCGUAUUCUCGUAUUCCUCAGAGUCUUACCCAUUAGUUGUUUUCAAUUCUCAACAAGUGUCGUUUGUAAAUCAAAAUGUCUAUGUCGUUAGUGCGUUUGAUUAAAGUUGAGACCCGCCUCCUUACACAACGAUGCUAUUCAUCAAGCUCGGCCCCAACGACUAAACUUUUCAUCGAUGGCAAAUUUGUUGAGUCCAAAACAAAGGAUUGGAUUGAUCUGCACGAUCCUGCUACAAACAAAGUGGUCACAAGAGUUCCGAAAGCAACUCCUGAAGAAAUGCAGCAAGCCUUAGAGUCUUCAAAGAAAGCUUUUAAGAGCUGGUCUCAAACUUCGGUUCUAUCGCGACAACAAAUUAUGUUUAAUCUUCAAGCUCUCAUAAAAAAGAAUAUGGCCGAAUUGGCCAAAAAUAUCACCCAGGAGCAAGGAAAAACUUUGAUUGAUGCUGAGGGUGAUGUCUUGCGUGGUCUUCAGGUUGUUGAACACUGCUGCAGCAUACCAUCUCUAACUAUGGGAGAACAUGUGCCCAACAUUGCCAAGGAUAUGGAUAGUUACUCUUUGACUUUGCCAUUGGGAGUAACUGCUGGAAUUGCUCCUUUUAACUUCCCUGCUAUGAUUCCAUUAUGGAUGUUCCCAGUAGCAAUCACUUGUGGAAACACGAGCAUCAUUAAACCCUCAGAGCGCGUUCCAGGAGCCACAAUGAUGCUCAUGGAGCUUUUAAACGAAGCCGGGUGCCCACCAGGAGUCGUGAAUGUUAUCCACGGCGCACAUGAUUCCGUGAACUUCAUCUGUGACGCUCCUGAAAUUAAAGCAGUUUCAUUUGUUGGCUCUGACCAAGCUGGUAAAUAUAUUUAUGAGCGUGCAGGCCGUAAUGGAAAACGUGUCCAAAGCAACAUGGGUGCUAAGAACCAUGGUGUAAUAAUGGCUGAUGCUAACAAAGAAAACACUUUAAACCAACUUACCGGUGCAGCAUUUGGGGCCGCCGGUCAACGUUGCAUGGCACUCUCAACAGCUGUAUUCGUUGGAGAGGCGCAGAAGUGGAUUCCAGAUUUGGUGGAACGUGCCCAAAAAUUGAAAGUCAACGCUGGGCACCUUCCUGGAACUGACAUUGGACCAGUUAUUAGCCCAGAAUCUAAGCAGCGAAUCUUUGACUUGGUUCAAUCAGGAGUUGAUGAAGGUGCCAAAUUGCUUUUAGACGGCCGAAAUAUUAAGGUUCCUGGAUACGAGGGGGGUAAUUUUGUCGGACCAACAAUAUUGUGCAAUGUUAGUCCACAAAUGAAGUGCUACAAGGAAGAAAUUUUUGGACCUGUACUCGUUAUUUUGAAUGCGGAUACAAUUGAUGAUGCUAUUGAGCUAAUAAACAAAAACCCAUAUGGAAAUGGAACAGCUAUAUUCACAACUAAUGGAGCAACUUCAAGAAAAUUUGUGAAUGAAAUUGACGUGGGACAAGUUGGCGUAAAUGUGCCUAUUCCAGUGCCACUUCCAAUGUUCUCUUUCACUGGUUCGCGAGGCAGUUUUAUGGGUGAUCAUCACUUUUAUGGUAAACAAGGAGUUAAGUUUUACACACAAACUAAGACUGUGACUCAAUUGUGGCGCCAAACUGAUGUCAGCCAUACUCAAGCUGCCGUUGCAAUGCCCACAAUGAAGUAAAGUCGAGAUAUAAUUAAGUUAAGUCGUAAGGGUUAAUGAAAAAACUAAAUACUCAUGUUAAUGAAGUCUUUACGGUCAGUUGAUUUAUGCUUCUUUUUACUGAUUUGCAUUUAUAGUUAUACCAAUAAUAUGUGAAGGUGUAUAGUACAUAGGUAUAUAGUGAAGCGAUUGUAUAUUUUUUAAUAAGUUAUUGUAAUAGAACUUUUUUUUGUAUUUUAUUAGAUUAAAUAAACUCAACAUCAAAAAACAUACAAUG